AUGACAACCCGCUACGCCGAAGCCCACCUCCCGUCCAACCUCGCCGGGCCGGGCGACGCGCGCCCGACGGCACUUCAGAUCAUCGCAGAUAACCACCUCGAAAACGCACUGGGUGACAAGGUCAUGCUGGUGACGGGGUGCUCGAGCGGGCUGGGGGUCGAGACGGUGAGGGCUCUCGCGGCCACGGGGGCCACGAUUUAUGCGACAGCACGGAAUCUCGAGAAGGGCCGCGCGGCGCUGGGGGACCUGUUGAAACCCCCCUCUGCCACGGCGGGGCACGUCGAGCUCCUGGAGCUCGACACGGCCGACUUCGCGAGCGUGCGACGCUGCGCGGCGGCGUUCCUGGCGCGCUCGGCGCGGCUGAACGUGCUGGUCAACAACGCCGGCGUCAUGGCGAUCCCGCAGCGCGAAUUGACCCGCGACGGCCACGAGCUGCAGUUCCAGACCAACCACCUGGGCCACUUCCUCCUGUUCCAGCUGCUCAAGCCGGCGCUGCUGGCCGGGGCGGCCGCCUCGCCCGACUUCCGCUCGCGCGUCGUCAACGUCUCGUCCCAGGGCCACCGCCAGUCGCGCGUGGUGUUCGACGACCUGACCCUGGGGAGUCCGGGCGCGUACUCCCCUUUCGGCGCGUACGGGCAGUCCAAGACGGCCAACAUCUGGAUGGCCAACGAGAUCGAGCGGCGCUACGGAUCUCCGGCCGGGGGUGCGGUGCACGCCUGGUCGCUGCACCCGGGCGGCAUCACGACGGGGCUGGCCGUGCACACCGACUUCUCGGCCCUGCUGGCCAUGCCCGAGGUGGCGCGCGGCAUGAAGUCGGUCCCGCAGGGCGCCGCCACCACCGUCCUCGCCGCCGUCGACAAGGAGCUCGAGGGCAAGGGCGGCCUGUACCUCGACGACUGUGCCGCCGCGCCCCUGGUCCCCCCGGAUCAGGCCGACGUGUUCUAUGCUCCAGGCCGUGCCGAGUGGGCUUAUGAUGGGCCCGGGGCGAAGAAAUUGUGGGCGGUUAGUUGUCGUAUCGUGGGCGUUGAGGAUGAUGAGGGAGAAGACAGGACAGAGAAGUGA